GUCCUGAGUCCAGUUUAAGUCCACACUACUAUGAAGUUGACGAAAGAAAAAUGGAACCAGCAGUUGUUCCAUAUUUUAGCCAUCUCUUUUUUGGCGAUCAAAAGGACCGAAGCGAUGUCAGAUCCUUGCAACCCUUCGCCAUGCGGAGCUAACACCCAAUGCAUCAGCCGAGACAGUAGGCCCGUCUGUGUCUGCCUCCCAGGAUACUGGGGCAACCCAUUGUCCUACUGCCAGAGGGGUGAAUGUGCAGAGACUCGAGACUGCCCAGGAAGCAGAAUCUGCAGGGAUUACCGAUGCGUGGAUGUCUGUGAGGGACAGUGUGGAGCUGGAGCUUCGUGCACGCCUAGGAACCACAUCCCCGUAUGCACUUGCCCUCCAGGAUACACCGGGGAUGCUCUUUCCUCAUGCAGGCCGUUCGAUCCACAGGAACUGUGCAACCCAUCCCCGUGCGGACGCAACACCCGCUGCGAAGUAGUCAACGGCGUUCCAACGUGUAGUUGCCUGCCGGGAUACGUGGGCGCUCCUCUUACUGGCUGCAACCACGAGUGCGAGAGUGACUACGAUUGUCCAGGCAGUACGAAGUGCUCAAACUUCAAAUGCACGCAGCUCUGUACCCCGGGAACCUGUGCACCCAAUGCUCGAUGUGAUGUCAACAACCACAGGUCUCUCUGCACGUGCCCUCCGGGUACUUUUGGCGAUCCUUACGUAUCUUGCAACCUUGAGUGCGAGAGCCACUACGAUUGCCCCAGCGGACGCCCAGCUUGCUCUGCCGGGAAGUGCAUCGACCCUUGCGCGCAGGGUGUGUGCGGAGUGGGCGCCGAUUGCAGGGUCAAGGAGAGGACGACUCCGGUCUGUAGCUGUCCGAGGGACAUGACAGGGGACCCCUUCGUAUCUUGCAGGCCCUUCGACAAGACUGACCUUUGCGUACCUAACCCCUGUGGAACGAACGCCCAGUGCACACCCGGCCACGACAGGACAGGUAAGGAGCGGCCAGUCUGUACUUGCCCUCCAGGAUACUCUGGCAAUGCCUUGGUCCACUGCAGGCGUGGCGAAUGUUCUACUGACUCCGAGUGCCGCUACGAUCAGGUCUGUGACGGCUACCAGUGUCUUAAUGCCUGUCAGAACCAAUGUGGCAUUGGCGCCCAGUGCACGGCAAGGAACCACGCAGCUGUCUGCUCCUGUCCUCCUGGCACUACUGGGCAGCCAUUGGCUCGCUGCAACCCAGUGCAGCCUCCGGUAGCAGCUGUCCGGAGGGGAGGGAGGUUAUUUUAUGAAAAGUAGUAAUUAAGCAUAAAAAAUACUUUGUCAAUUAAGUAUAAAAAAGUUUGUUCAGAGAAAUCUCACAAUGAUCUUUUUAAUCAUACACCAUUGUAAUAUGAGUAUUUCUUAAAAAUAAAUAAUAAUAAUAACUUCUUGUAGGUUCUAUACUUAACGAAUUUCUCUGUAUGGCAAAGAGUCAACGAUUCAUCCUUAACAGAGGAAAUGGCAAAAGUAUUAUACUUAAUAAUAUCAUAUUCAAGAUAAUGAAAAACAUCUUAAUAAUUACUAGAUAUAGAAGAAAUGUACGGAAUACAAUUGGUUGAUUGAUGAUUAUAUGAUAUCCUUGGUCAUUAGUUUUUUAAGGUUGUAAAAUUCUUAAAAAUGUGUAAUAUUGAAAGUCUUAUCACUCAACUGAAAAUCAUUUUCUACUAAAUGAAAUGAUACGGUUAGAUUUCCCUAAGUGUAUAAGACUAUUUCAUCAAUUAUUGAAGGUAAUGACAAAAUUUUAUAUGUAAUAAUACAAAAUAAGGUUAAAAUUUUUUUACAUGAUAUGUUAAUGUUAUUCGAAAAAGAGUCUUGUACAAAGACAAAUAAAUUAUUUUAAUUUUUU